AUGAAAAUCGACUUCCUUGAAGGAAUUAUCAGCCUCGACCGCACACUGCCACCUUGGCGCUGUGACUUUCCCGUCAAACACGCGGAGCGCUCUCGAAUAUCAACGCGAGAUUUCCUAUCAGUCUUCCUCUCUCCGGUUUCCUCCAAGAUGCCUACCAAGAAGACCAAGACCAGGAAGCUCCGUGGGCACGUCAGCCAUGGACACGGACGUAUUGGUAAACACAGAAAGCAUCCUGGAGGUCGCGGUUACGCCGGUGGUAUGCAUCACCACAGAAUUAACUUCGACAAAUACCAUCCUGGGUACUUCGGUAAGUUGGGCAUGAGGCAUUACCAUCUUAAAAGGAACACCACCCACUGCCCCACUGUCAACCUGGACAAGCUGUGGACAUUGGUGAGCGAACAGACCCGCGUCAACUACAGCAAGAAGCCCGACGGGCCCGCUCCAGUCAUCGAUGUGGUGCGCGCUGGCUACUUCAAGGUGCUGGGCAAGGGCAAGCUGCCCAAGCAGCCGGUCAUCGUCAAGGCCAAGUUCUUCAGCCGCAGAGCUGAGGAGAAGAUCAAGGAAGUUGGAGGCGCUUGUGUCCUGACCGCAUAAGCACCCCACUUUUUUUGUUUUUCACAAAUAAAAAGAAAAAAAUAUUUAAAAAAGAAC